AUGUCUUCCAACAUCCACCUUUACACCGACCAAACUCCCAAUGGGAUCAAGGUCUCACAAACCCUCGAGGAGCUUGGACUCAAGUACGAGGUCACCCACAUCGACAUCUCCAAGAACACGCAAAAAGAGCAAUGGUUUCUUGACAUCAACCCGAAUGGACGAAUUCCUGCUCUGACGGACACGUUCACCGAUGGGAAACUGAUCCGAGUCUUCGAGAGCGGCAGCAUAAUGCAGUAUCUCGUCGAGGGAUACGAUAAGGAUCACAAGAUCAGCUUUCCACGAGACUCCCGCGAACAUGUCGAGAUGACAAGCUGGCUCUUCUACCUAAACGCCGGAGUCGGUCCCAUGCAAGGCCAAUCCAACCACUUCACCCGCUACGCCCCCGAGCACAUCCCAUACGGCGUCAACCGAUACCAAAACGAAACCAAACGCCUCUACGGCGUCCUGGACAAACACCUCGCCGACACCAAAGCCGACUACCUCGUCGGCAACAAAUGUACCAUCGCAGACAUCGCGCACUGGGGCUGGAUCGCCGCCGCGGGCUGGGCGGGCGUCGAUAUUAGCCAAUUCCCUAACUUGAAGGCCUGGGAGGAGCGCAUGUGGGCGAGGCCGGGCAUCGAAAGGGGCGCCAACGUUCCCAAGCCUUACAAGAUGAAGGAGUUGUUGGCGGACAAGGAGCGGAUGGACAAGUACGCUUCGGAAAGCCGAGCUUGGAUCCAGAAGGGCAUGAAGGAGGACGCUGAGAAGCACAAGUAA